CAUACAAGUGUAUGUUCCCACCUUCUCUUCCGCCCCAAGAAUCACUUCCUCUUUCUCUCUCUUUCUUAUCAGCUAUCACCAACCAAGCAAACCCUCUUGCUUAGUUUCCUCCUUUUUUUCAUUUUUUUGUUUUUAAUUUUUUCAGAGAAAACUUUUCCCCCCCCUUAGAAGAUGGUUUAACGGGACACCCAUCUGUUAAAUUUUGAUUCUUUGUCAGGUUUCGGUACCUGGGCUGGUAAAAAGAAUGGAUUUUGAGAGAAAGGUUGUUUUGGGUUUUGUUUGAGAAUGAAUUUUUGCUAUGAUAUGGAAGGUGGGGUUUUGGAUUUAUGUUCAUUGCCUCCGAACAUUGUCAUCGAAUGCCGAUUCAUGCUGCGAUCGGCAUUCGACUUGUUCAGCAUUGAUUCCCAAGCUUUCUCCGAGGGUGGUUGUUCAUUCAUACCAAUUGGAGUUGACCAGCAACACCUUUGACCCCUCGUUUUUUGAAUAACAACGAAAAAUCAAACCCUUAAAAAAAUAAAAUAAAAAUAAUAAAAUCCUUGGUUCUGGUUUGUCAGCCCCAGAAUGGAUUCUGGUGCUGUAUUGGCAUUGCCUGUGGACAAUGGAUUCAUAACAAGGGAACCUUAUGAUUUCGAAGAGGACUUUGUAGAGAAAGAUCCUACUGGCCGGUAUCUUCGGUACAAUGAGAUCUUGGGCAAGGGUGCUUUCAAGACUGUUUAUAGGGGCUUUGAUGAAACUGAUGGAAUAGAAGUUGCGUGGAACCAAGUCCGGAUUGAUGAACUCUUGCAGUCAGUUGAUGAUCUUGCAAAAUUGUAUUCUGAAGUUCAUCUAUUGAAGUCUCUGAAACACGAAAAUAUCAUAAAGUUCUUUAAUUCCUGGAUUGAUGAUAAGAAGAAAACUAUUAACAUUAUUACUGAGCUAUUCACAUCUGGAAAUUUAAGGCAAUACCGUAAGAAGCAUAGAUAUGUUGACAUGAAAGCCAUUAAAGGUUGGGCUAGACAGAUUCUUCAAGGCUUAGUUUAUCUUCACAGUCAUAAGCCUCCUAUUAUUCACAGAGACUUGAAAUGCGACAACAUCUUUGUAAAUGGAAACCAUGGAAAAGUUAAAAUAGGAGACCUUGGUUUGGCAAUUGUCAUGCAGCAACCAACUGCUCGAAGUGUUAUUGGGACGCCUGAGUUUAUGGCUCCAGAACUAUAUGAAGAGGAAUACAAUGAACUCGUUGAUGUCUAUUCUUUUGGGAUGUGCAUGUUGGAGAUGGUUACUUUUGAGUACCCGUACAGUGAAUGUACAAAUCCAGCCCAAAUCUAUAAGAAAGUUACCUCUGGCAUUGAACCUGCAUCCCUUAAAAGGGUGAGUGAUCCCCAAAUUAAAGAGUUUAUCAAGAAAUGUCUCGUUCCAGCAUCUGAGAGAUUGUCUGCAGAGGAGCUUCUUAAAGACCCAUUUCUGCAAGUUGAGAGUCCUAAGGAUCCAAUCCUUGAUCCCUCACAGUUACCUAGUAAAUCUCUAAAAGCUAUAGAUCUGUCAAAGUCUGGUCAUAUAUCUAUGGACCUAGAUGCUGACUACAAACAGAUCUCUAUCAGUACUUGUGCUGAAAGAAGCCAGGGAAGUCAACAUUGUCCAUUUCUUGAAGUUCAGAGGACAUAUAAGAACAAUGAGUUUAGGUUGAAGGGGAUAAAAAAUGAUGAUAACUCAAUAUCAUUGAUCCUGCGUAUUGCUGAUUUAUGCGGUCGUGUAAGGAAUAUACAUUUUCUCUUUUACCUUGAGACGGAUACUGCUGUCUCUGUUGCCGCAGAGAUGGUUGAAAAUUUGGAGUUGACAGAUCAUGAUGUAGCCUUCAUAGCUGAGCUUAUUGAUUACUUGAUAAUGAAACUUCUACCUGGGUGGAAGCCCUCAUCUGAUUAUUCCUCAAGUGGAGGAUUAAGUCUGUGUGGUGGCUCUCCAACACUUGGAGAUGGCCAAACCAUAAUGCCAAGUCCAUGGGGUUCUGUCCUAACUAGUGUUCCCUCUGAAUUGGCUUAUGAUCAAGAUAACCUCUCUGGGUUUAAUAUUUCUCAAAGAGAAGGUUUUGCAAGAGCUGAGGUGAGCUGCAUGUUUAACGUUGCUGAUAAUGCUACCUUUGAGGGUGAGUAUAAUUCUUCUCCUAGUUUGGCUAGCUUGGAAGAUCAAUAUUCACAAGAAUCUGCAGCUUCUGAGAUAGUUACUGAAGAUGCUUGCAUGAAAAAUGACAACAGCCUCGAUUCCGAUGCGGAUGUGAGCUAUAAAGGAUUAAGUUGGUCCACCUCGGAACUGGAGCUUGGGGAUACAUAUUUUGAAGACUUCAAAUUGCAGAUCACACACUGCAAUGGUGAAGGCAUUGUGAUAAAUGAAUUCUCAAAAAACUCACACUCUAAUAUCAUGAGCUUGAUAAGCAGCUGUUCUUCUGUGUCUUUAGCAGACAAAGACAUUGACCUUGAACUAAAGAUUGAACUUGAUGCAAUUGAGUCACAGUAUCAACAUUGGUUUCAAGAACUUUCUAAAAUGAAGUUGGAGGCAUUGGAAACUACCAGAAAGAGAUGGACAGCCAAGAAGAAACUUGCUUUUCAUUGAUUUUGAGUUUGUUUGUUUGUUUGUUAACUACUUUUUGCCCUUAUCCAAGUUGUUUCCUUCAUGUAAAGUUUGUUGAUAUUAAACUUGAUUUGUGUUUGUGUAGUGGAUGCGGCUCUUUUUAGUGGAAGCCACUAUCCGUACAAUGAAUAUAUAUUUAAUGCUUCGA